CAUAUAGUUCGUGAUUGUUAAUUGUGACUUACCCGCCAAAAAGUAUGGCGAGGCAAAUGUAAAGAUAUGUGUCAGCAAAUUCAUAUUAGUUUUUAAGUGAUCAUUUUUGACAGAAAUCCACCGUAGUGAUAAGUGCAACGUGUGCUGCAUCAAAUAUAUUGAUAUAUUUAAUACAUAAUAAUGUCCACCUGAAUAUACAACUUCCUUGACGUUUUUUAUAGAUACAUAGAUUUCUGUUCUAACCAACUAUUGUCUGGCAAUACACCAAAGGUAGAAAACCUGUUUGACCAUGGCUAGUGACAAUGAUUCCGACGUUGGAGAUUUGCUAGAAGAUCUGCUAGCAAAUGAUGAAACAGAAGAUGCAGAUGCAUUCAUUCAAAAAUCAAAGCCAACAGAAUCAAGCCUGAACUUUUUAGACCAGGAAACUAAUAUUCCUAGUCCUCAUAGAUAUUCUACACUCGCUGAUAAAAAAACUAUGAUUCACAAUGGUGAUACGGAUUCAUCUGAUGAUGAAGAUAAACGUGAUUUUGAAAAUCAAAAUUACUCCAGCUCAGGUCGAGAGAUAAAGAACAUUUUAAAGAGUAAUGCAUCCGAAACAAACACCUCUUAUCCAAAAACAUUUAAAAAUACAUCCGGAUCUUUCACUAAAAAUCACAGUACUGAGUUAUGCUGUCCCCCUGACUCCACCAAGACUGAAUCAAAAGACAUAUACUGCGACCCAAUAUUUGGGUUAAGAAUUAUAAAUCCUGUUGUAUCUUCAGCCUCUCUAAAGGAAAGAAUGACAGGUAGAACACCAGUCACAGUUUCUAGAAUCAAAUAUCACUUGAACACUGCAGAUCUUCAAACUGACUGGGUAAUUGCCGGAGUACUUAUCAACAAAUCUGGUACACGCAGUUCACAAAAAGGAAACCAGUACUGUAUCUGGAAGAUAAGUGACCUGUCUGAUGGUAUUAAAACCGUAUCUUUAUUUUUAUUUGGUGAUGCCUACAAAUCAUUUUGGAAAACUAAUACUGGCAUGGUGAUUGGAGUUUUGAACCCAGGAGUAUUGGAUAACAAAGAUGAAAAUAUAAAUGAGGCAGCCUUAUCUGUUGAUAAUGGACAAAGAAUAAUGAUAUUGGGAGUGUCUAAAGACAUGGGAGUUUGUAAAUCGAAAAAGAAAAAUGGUGAACCAUGUACAAGUAUAGUAAACUUACAUAAAUGUGAAUAUUGCAUAUAUCACGUUCAACAAGAAUAUAAUAAAUGCGCCCGGAGAUCCGAUUUACAAUCAUCCAGUAAUAGCAGAGGUGUGUCUACAAAAAACGCUUUGCAGAACAAGGUACUAGGUAAAGGUGAGACUAUAUAUGGUGGACGUAGCUUUACGGCAGUUCCAGCUAAGAGAAAUUUUAAAAUGGUAGAAAAAGAUCGGGCUCGAUUGGAACUUCUACAAAAUCCUACCCCAACAAGAACAAACUUGCAAUUAUCAAGUAAUAACGUAGAAACGAAAAAGAAAGCAAGUUUGGUUGAAUUGACGAGUAAUCAGAUGAAGAAGGAUGCAAACAGAUUAGCUAAGCUAAGGGGAUCACUCCCAAAAGAUCAGCCAUCUUUACCUGGAAGUUCCACAUCUUCAUCAUUGAUUAUUUCAAGCAGCAAAACUACUAUGGCUAAUUCUUCUCCUCACACGAAACCACAAUUAAGUUUCAAUAAAAAUUCACCUGUAAUGGCUGUUCCGCAAUUGGGAGUUGGACUGAGGGGGGGAUUCAUUGAUCUUUCUGAACCAAUAACCAAGAAAAAUACAGAUAUAGCUAAAAUGAACGCUAUUAAAUGGAUUCAGAGAAAUGGGGCUCUAAAAAAAAACAAUCCAAACAAAGUUCGAAAAACUUUGGAUGAGAAGGUUGAGUUACGGGGCACUAAGCGACAAAGAGAAAUUACUGAAGACACUGAUCAAGCUUCCAAGAAACAGACGUUAGUAAUGAACAGAUUUCAAGAGAUAAUGGCAGCAACGUCGAGGCACACUGACCUAAUUGAAAAAUCCGAUGAACAAGAGAAAGAAAAAUAUUUCAGCAAAUUAGAAAUUAAGGAAAAAAUGGAAGACAAAAUGAUGAGCACAUAUUCAAUAGACUGCAAGGCUGUCAAAUGUCUCACCUGCAAAUACACUGCAUUUUCAGCUUCGGAUAUGUGUAAAGAUCAAAAGCAUCCAUUGCGAGUUACUGAUGCUGUCAAGAGAUUCUUCAAAUGUGGAGACUGCAAAAAUAGAACAGUAACUUUAGAUAGAUUACCCUCUCACAGUUGUAAAAAUUGUCAAAGUUCCAACUGGAUUAGAACUGCAAUGAUGGACGAAAGAAAAGUUGAAAUCAAUGAAAAUACCUUGAGUAUCCGUGGAGGAGAGGAGAAGUUUAUAGGAUCAGUUGUGACAAACAGUUCUUUGAAUCUCUUGGUUCCUGAGUACGACUGAAAUCGUGUAUAUAUGUAUGAAAUUUGUAUAAUGUAGUCUAUAAACACAUACAUGAGCCCUUCUUCCUUAUUUAAAUAUUGUUUUAUAAAUAAUACGAGUAUUAUGCAGUGCACUGUGUGAGCGCAUUAUUAUGUUUACAUAACUUAUAAUAAUAAAUAAGUCAUAGAAUUUUAUGCAGACUGAAAACUUUACUGUAUUGAGUUAAUGAUUUACCCAUUAAAAAAAUGUUCACUUCAAUGAUGUUACUGUUAUAUCGAAUAAGUUAAAAAUUUAAAUAUAUUUAGUGCUAAAUGUUUAAAAAAUUCGUGUUCUACUUGCAUUAUAUUCUUUUUGCAUAUUUAAAAAAAACUUGGUCAGAAAAGUAAAAUUAAAAUUUAUUCCGCAUAUGUGAUGCGUUUGUUCACUAAUAAAUAGUGCCAACUUCAUUAACAAACUGAUGAGUAUGAUUAAAAGUGUACAGUCCAUCAAUAUUCUUGCACUCUUAGUUUUAUUGGAUCUUUACAAGUACCAAUGGUUUAAGUAAAUUCACAUUUCCAACCUUUGAUAAAAUUAUAAAUGCAGGGUAAGAAGUAUAAAGAACUAUUGAUACUGCAAAAAUGGAUGUUCUGUACACGUAUGUAAUAUAAUUUCCGUGUGUAUGGUGUUUCUUACAAUGUUUAUCUAAGUAUAAUGAAACAUUUUCUUUACUUCUACAAUACAGGCACAUUUAAUUAUAUUAACCAACUGCAAAAAAAAAAACGUAGUAGUACUCCCAAAAAUACUUCAUACGACUUUUGUAAAAGCACACCAACAUCCUUUAAAAAAGUUUAAUCCAAAUCUACUCCCGAAUAAAUUUUUAAUGAAAAAUUUGUAGCCAAAGAAAUAUAUUGAUGUUCUUCAGCUGUGCUAUCAAAAAUAGUGCGGAAUUAUCGUAAACCUGCUUGAGAAUUGCCAUUGCUUGUAUUUACAAUGUUUCACAGGGCAGUACGUUUUUGAAAUUUUUUUCAUUUUCAAGAUCCUCGUAUGUGACCUGCAUUGAUGCGCAGUUCAUUGAAAAGUACAUUUCAUCGUUUAUUAGAAGGCUUAUGACGUUUAUAAAGUUUACAAUAUUGACAACGUACCUUCUAUAUUUGAAAUGCAUACAUUUACCUUAUAUUAUUUCUUGAUCUUACGGUAAGUAAAUUCACCCCAAAUCAAUUAAUCCACCAUUCAGAAUCCACGUGCCGAAUGUGGUCAAAUUUAUGCACUUUUAACUAGUAAUUAACUAUAACUAUCAAAUUCACCACUUUCAUGAAGUCUAUACGCACACCCAACCAUUAUUUUUGGCAAAAUAUGUCCAUCAGUUUUUAUUGCCAUUUCACAGAAUUCAAGUAUGAUUUGGUAAGAGCAGAUUAACGAACAAGGUUCACGUGUUUGCUGCAAUCGUCAUAAUAACAAUAAUCCAACUUAGAAGCAUUCAAACAUGUAUCAAUCAAAGCUAUGCUAUAACACUAUUGAAGAUGUUCAUUUAUAUACAGGACUAUUUAUUAUUCAUAUGAAUUUAACUGAUGGUACUAAAUGUACGAUACACAAAUUGUAUUUAUAAUAAUCAAUUUAUUACACUUCACCAAAAUUUUAUAUAAACAAAAAUAACGCUACAAUCAUACAUACAUAAGUCAGUUACCGAUUUUAUAACAAGAACUGUUACAAUACAGUGCUGCAAUAUCAAUUUGGAACAAGAUUAUUAUGUCCCAAAUUAUGUACUGUACAAUCAUAAAUAGCGUCCGUAAAAUUGCAAAAAAUUUAAAUCAAAUUCAUGUGAAUAAUCAAAGAAGCUAGUAUCAUAAGACAACGUAUUAUUAUUUCAAUAGGCAGGCAGGCAUCAAGCUGGCUGGCCAUUUUUAGUCUUGGACUGUUGGCAUAAACUGCAUUUUUUUCUAUCAGUUUUAUAUACCAACUACAACUGCUUGACGUUUCCUAAUCUCUAGAUGAUAAUACGAUUCCAAAUGGUUCACAUGUUUACCUUUGCAACUGUUCUCUAUAUGCUGCUUUUUUAAAUCCUAUGUGAAUGAUCGUUGAUGUUAAAAUAAUGCGUAUUAUUGGUUGUUCCAAUCGAUCUUGUAACUAUUGAUGAGAUUUGUCACCACU